AUGAGCCCAAGGGAUAAGGUAUAUGAUAGCUGCAACAAAUACCAAAAACUACAUAACCCAGAUAACACCAAGACUUGCGCAACGACCGCCGUCGGUCGAGGGAUCCGAAAUCACCUGGAGGAUUCGUUUCUUACACCCCAUUGCCUCGCCCAAAGAGAAAACCAAAAGCAAGAAGACGAAGAAAAUAAUGAAGAAUUAACUACUUGUCAAAAAAGUUUUGGUGGGGCUAGUGAGAAUGAAAGCGAGAGAAGACUGAAUGUUGUAACGGCGGGCGGCAGGGAGUCUGAGGGAAUGAGAGCGAGAGAGAUGAAGUUCGCUAGGUCACCCAUCUUCUUCAAAGAGAACAAUCCACAACCCAGAAAACAUACUAUUUGGAAGCCAACUUCUGAAUUCACUGGUGGGCAAGCUAGCAUAAAUAGGAAGCAUUUUUUACAAUGCCCUCUAGGGGUGUUAGACAAGCACUAUGAAAAGUUGAUCCAGUGUGAUAAGCGUCUUUAUAUUUUGAGCCGACAACUCGAGAUAGUUAUAGACUCGCCAUAUUUUGAUACAUGUGCUUCUAUUAACCCAGAAGAAUGCAGAGGUCAUGAAUUUGAUCGAGUGUCUCUCGCUCAAGGAUAUUCUCCCUCUAGCUUCCAGGAUGUAGAAUUAGUAGCCAUCACACAAUCAUCUCCUUCAACUUUCGAACAAAAUCCUAAUCAUGUGACUGUUGAAAACAUGUCUACAAAAACCUUGUCCUCCAGCUCAGUGAUGGAUACGAGUGCAUUUGAAUGUAAUGGAAGUCAUGAAGGGCAUGGCUAUUUGGAGCAAAGAAGUUGGGAACAACUGAAAGUGCCAGAUCUCCGUCCAUCUGUGAUGCGUGAUCUAGAAAACAACAUAGGAAGCUGUUUAUCUGAACAAGUAACUUCUGGAUGUUUACCUUCAGACAAGACACCAGAAUUUUGGGAUGUAAUGGAAAACAUUAAACGAUAUUUACUUGGUGACACAUAUAGUACGACCGUUUUAGAUGAGAGAUCUCUAUUGAAAAAGGUCGAUUCUCUCUCCUUUCUGUAA